GUUCAGUAGGAUACGACGCUGCAAUCGGAGAGUUUGUUGAUCUUGUCAAAACUGGAGUUAUCGACCCUACCAAGGUUGUCCGAACAGCACUUAUCGAUGCCUCUGGGGUAGCUUCUCUUCUCACGACAGCAGAGUGCGUCAUCACCGACCUCGCUAAGGAUGAACCCAACCCCAUGGCUGGAAUGGGAGGUAUGGGCGGCGGAGGUAUGGGCGGUAUGGGAGGAAUGGGUGGUAUGAUGUAAACUAACUGUGAACAGUUUUUGAAACUUGCGAUUAAUAUCAGAAAUGUUUGACUGAACCACAGUUGCGAGUAGUUUUUGAUGCUCGUUUUAUGUUUUUUACUUACUCAACUCCCGUGAUCUCCUAUAUGACCUUAAUUUAUUGAAAUUGUACCCUCAUUUAAGACCCGUUCAUGUUUUUAUUGAAAUUUUUAUGUUUUGAAUACAUAAAUAUUUGUUUCAUUUUGGUCA